AACAUGUCCGGACGCGGUAAGGGUGGAAAGGGCUUGGGCAAAGGGGGUGCCAAGCGCCACCGCAAGGUGCUGCGGGACAAUAUCCAGGGCAUCACCAAGCCUGCCAUCCGGCGUCUGGCUCGUCGAGGUGGCGUCAAGCGCAUCUCCGGCCUUAUCUACGAGGAGACCCGCGGAGUGCUGAAGGUGUUUCUGGAAAAUGUGAUCCGGGACGCCGUCACCUACACUGAGCACGCCAAGCGCAAGACUGUCACGGCGAUGGACGUGGUCUACGCUCUCAAGCGCCAGGGACGCACCCUCUACGGCUUCGGCGGCUAA